CCCAAUGUUCCUCGACAACAGAGCGAUCAACCAGCCUAUCUACGCAGUGAAACCCUACGCUAUCUUAAGGAAGAAGAAAACAGACCAAAGGGUAGCCUCUCCGAUCAUCCAAAUCCAAGUGGCCUUCCUGUUUGUUAUGUCUGCAGCAGACCCAUACUGUAAGUUUUAAAG